UUUUUCAUAUCUGUGAACUUUAUGAAAUAAAUAUUAGCUCAUGUUGGUCGCUUGACUUAGUUUACCGGAAACUAACGUUUAUGCGGUUUCUGUGUCACUUUCCCGCGUGAAAAUUAAAUGUCAUUUGAAAUUUAAGCGGUUUCUGGUUGGUUCUCGCGUUAUGUUUCUGACUUAGUAAUUUAGUCAAAGUACGACUAUUCUGAUAUUUCACAUAAGAAAGAAUUAAUUUACGAGCUACACACAAUUCUUAGGGUGCAUUCUAACUUGAAAUUUAAAGAAAAUAGCUAGCCUAACUACGUAUUAUGACCUGCAGUAUUACGAUUCGUAAAAUCCUUUAGGCCUUUUUAACUUCAAGUUACUUCAGUUCCUUACAUUUGGUAUCCUUACUUACAUAUAUUAAUGACGUGGAAUUAAUAAAACACUUUAUAACAGACGUGCCGAAUCGCGAUGCUGUGUUGAGAAAUGUUCUCAUUGGCUGAAUGGUGAUGAAAAUCCAGCCUCUUUUCCUUGUUUUGCCCAAUGAGACGUAUUUUCUGUUUGGCAAAAUGUCCUGGCACAUGUUUGUUGCUUAAGUCGCCAUUUUUACUGCAUCAUCAUAUACACCACUGUUUGACUACUGAAGCACAGCUCUACUAAGGAUCAGCUUUUGCAUGAUAAGAUUCAUACAAUCAUCAGCAGAGCACAAUGAAGUACAUCCUGGUAACCGGUGGUGUCAUCUCAGGCAUUGGCAAGGGCAUUAUUGCCAGCAGUGUGGGCACCAUACUGAAAUCUUGUGGUCUGCACGUCACAGCCAUCAAAAUCGACCCCUAUAUCAACAUUGAUGCUGGCACUUUUUCACCCUAUGAACAUGGAGAAGUGUUCGUCCUAGAUGAUGGUGGGGAGGUAGACCUCGAUCUAGGAAACUAUGAGCGCUUCCUGGAUAUCAGGCUCACCAAGGACAACAAUCUGACGACAGGCAAGAUCUAUCAGUCAGUCAUCAACAAGGAGCGUCGUGGCGACUACCUUGGGAAAACAGUGCAGGUGGUGCCACACAUCACUGAUGCCAUCCAGGAGUGGGUGAUGCGGCAGGCCAAGAUCCCAGUGGACGAUGAUGGUCUGGGGCCCCAAGUCUGUGUCAUUGAGCUGGGGGGCACGGUGGGAGACAUCGAGAGCAUGCCCUUCAUUGAGGCUUUCCGCCAGUUCCAGUUUAAGGUCAAGAGGGAGAACUUCUGUAACAUCCACGUCAGCCUAGUCCCACAGCCCAGUGCCACAGGAGAACAGAAGACAAAACCAACACAAAACAGCGUCCGAGAGCUUAGGGGACUCGGGCUGUCCCCAGAUCUUGUUGUUUGCCGCUGCUCCACCCCUCUGGACAACGCGGUCAAAGAGAAGAUCUCUAUGUUUUGUCAUGUAGAGCCUGAACAGGUGAUUUGUGUCCACGAUGUCUCUUCCAUAUACCGUGUACCAUUACUGCUGGAGGAUCAGGGUGUGGUGGACUACUUCUGCCAUCGGCUUCAUCUGCCCAUUGAAAUGAGACCCCGCAAAAUGCUCACAAAGUGGAAAGAGAUUUCUGAUCGGUCUGACCGCCUCCUGGAGCACUGUUCCAUUGCCCUGGUGGGGAAGUACACAAAGUUCUCUGACUCCUAUGCCUCUGUCAUCAAGGCCCUGGAACAUUCUGCUCUGGCCAUCAACCACAAGCUGGCAGUCAAGUACAUUGACUCUGCUGACCUGGAAGCAGCCACACUGCACCAGGAGCCUGUCAAGUACCAUGAGGCCUGGCAGAAGCUAUGCAGCGCAGACGGUGUCUUGGUGCCUGGAGGUUUUGGGGUACGGGGCACUGAGGGGAAGAUUCAGGCAAUUAGCUGGGCACGGAAACAGAAAAAGCCCUUUUUAGGGGUGUGUCUGGGUAUGCAGUUGGCUGUGUGUGAGUUUGCCCGCAAUGUUCUGGACUGGCAAGAUGCCAACUCAACUGAAUUUGACCCAGAGUGCAAAUACCCUGUAGUGAUUGACAUGCCGGAGCACAACCCUGGGCAGAUGGGAGGCACAAUGAGGCUGGGGAAGAGACGCACAAUUUUUAAAACGACAAACUCCAUACUGCGGAAGCUUUAUGGUGAUGCUGAAUACGUUGACGAAAGGCACAGGCAUCGCUUUGAGGUGAACCCAGAGCUGAAGCAGCACUUUGAAGAAAAAGGCUUCCGCUUUGUGGGUCAGGACAUGGAGGGAGAAAGAAUGGAGGUCAUUGAGCUGGAUGACCACUUGUACUUUGUGGGGGUGCAGUACCACCCAGAAUUCACCUCCCGCCCCAUAAAGCCCUCCCCACCAUACUUUGGCCUACUGCUAGCAGCAGCUGGGAAGCUGCAGAGCUACCUGCAGAAAGGCUGCCAUCUCUCACCAAGGGAUACGUACAGUGAUCGCAGUGGCAGCAGCUCCCCAGAUUUGGAGAUUGCCGAGCUGAAGUUCCCCUCACACUUGCAGGACUGACACUCUUUACUGUCAAGGCACAAAGCUACACUCCCAGCAUGUCACCUGGUUCUUAAUGUACAGGUAUUGAGUGCCACUGCCCUUUUCCUCUCUACCAGGCAGAUGCUUAUGUUGGGGGGUUAACUGUUGGUGGAUGAAUGACCAUUGUAGGCUAUGUAGAAUUUCUCCUCUCAGCCCUCUGUGGAAGAUGUUUAUAUUGUACUCAUGAAAACAGAACACCAAUCAAUGGACUUGCUCAUAGGUUUAAUUUAAUGGACAAAUGGUUGGGAGGGUGGGCAGAAUAGCCUUGUGCCAGGGGGAGUGCAGUGAGGUAAAUGAUCUUUAGAAAGAAGGGCUGAUUUCAUCUUGUGUAUUUGAACUUUCAGCUACUGCCAUCAUGGUACAAAUCCCAGCUUUGAAGCUGUACCCAGGCCUUGUUUUAAGUAUUGUUUUCCUUAAAGGUUCUAUGAAAUUC